AAUGCACUAAUGCAGGGGUGCUUCUGCAAAUUCCGAGACAACCCCGCUCCGAUAUAAGAAGUGCUCCCUUAGGGUUUCCGCCGCGCCGCCACCUCCUUCCGAGUCUCAGCUCCGCACCCCCCGCCGCCGCUCGACGCCCGCCGCGCAGCCAUGGCGGAACAGACUGAGAAGGCUUUCCUCAAGCAGCCUAAGGUGUUCCUCAGCACAAAGAAAUCUGCCAAGGAUAAGAAGCCAGGCAAGGGAGGCAGCCGCUUCUGGAAGAGCAUUGGCCUGGGCUUCAAGACCCCCAGGGAAGCAAUUGAAGGGACCUACAUUGACAAGAAGUGCCCAUUCACUGGAACUGUUUCCAUCAGAGGCAGGAUUAUUGCCGGAGCAUGCCAUAGUGCAAAGAUGAACAGAACCAUCAUUGUUCGCAGGAACUACCUCCACUUUGUUAAGAAAUAUCAGAGGUACGAGAAGAGGCACUCCAACAUUCCGGCUCACAUCUCCCCAUGCUUCCGUGUCAAGGAAGGUGACCAUGUCAUCAUUGGCCAGUGCAGGCCCCUCUCCAAAACUGUGAGGUUCAACGUGGUGAAAGUCAUCCCAGCUGGAUCCACUGAUGGCAGAGGCGGGAAGAAGGCGUUCACCGCGGCCUGAGCUUUAGACUAUGUUCCAAGAGUAGUCUAUAGAAUGAUGUCUUUUUGCUAAAAAUCCUGCUAGGCUGGUGUUUUCGAUUAUGGUUUGGAGAUUGUUCGCUGUCUGAAUGGAGUCUCAUCACCGGAACAUGUUACUCUUUAUGGAAUCCUCUCGUGCAAAGUUUUGUUAUGAUCUGUAUUGUUUCCCCAA